AAAAAAACCCUUUGGGAGUGAAAUACCUUGAUGAAAUGCUUUCUAGAAAUCCCAAUACUCUUUUUAAAACAAAAUCAAUGGGAGAAAUAUCCAGGGCAUUAAAUGUGCUAAGGGGAGAGGCGCAAGCAGGAAAACGCCAUCUGAUUCUGUUACAGGCUUUUCCUCCCAAGAACUUAGAUUUUCAGUAGGAAGAGGGUCCUAUUUUAAGUUUCUUUACGGCAGCUGGGUUGUGUUCACUAUAAAUCCACCAGACUUUUAAGACUUGCCCUCUGUUUACAGAAGUAAUAAAACACUUAACUUUCUCGACUCCUAGUCACACGGUUAUCACACAGUUCUCCACUGCCAGAGCCCCCCUGAGCACCUAGACCAAAACAAAACAAAAAAAAAUCAUCCCACCCAGGACACGACUUUCCCCCCAAACUUUGCCCAGGCUGGGAUUGUUCUCAAUGUGCUUCCAUAGGUGAAACACCCCACGUGAACCAGCCCCGGACAAGCUCCUCUACUCUGCAUCUGCAGGAGCUGAUGCUACUUGCACUCCCCACAUUGCAUGGGAUUAGAAGGGGUACCUAAAAAGCAGGCGACAUACCCAGAAGCAAAGAGUCUUCCUGGACAGCCAGCCAUCCACCCCAUUUCCUGCCCACUGCAACAUUUUCAUAUCUCCUGGAUAUAUCGCUGGUUUCCAAAGUAACCACGCUUUUAAAUGUGUGCAGGGAGGAUGCGUACAUACAGGCAACACGCAUCCCCACACACAUGAUCUGGGGCACAUACAUGUGUCCUCAGGCAUCUGCAUGGGUGCAUGGCCAGGGAGGGUAUUUGCAAGGGGGAGCGCUUUGCUUGUUUGUUUGUGUCCCCAAAAUCCCCGGGUAUAAAAUGUCCAAUGCCUGGAGAAAUAGGAGAAGCAGAAGGAAACGCAGAGGAAAGUAAACUCCAGUCAAUCUUCCCUCUGUGUAUUAUUGUGAUAUCUCCACGAGGUUGCCUACAAGUUGAGCUCAGUAGGGUGGGAUCCCUGGAACAAGACUAACAAGGUACAUAUGCUAAAUAACGUGAUGCGUACUAUCACCGAUCUGCUUUUUUUUUUUUUUGGUUAGAAACUUUAUUUUUUUUUUCCUAGUGGCACUCAGGGGAAGCCUUAAUGUUAUAGAAGAUGAAUACACGCGCUUUUUUUUUCAGUUGUAGCCUCCUUUAUGGCUUUAUUGCUACCAUUGAUUACUUUGCUUUGUUACAGAGAGGAAAAAAGAUCAUAAAAUGCUCUCGCAUCCGGGUUCCUGUUAUAGCUAGGGGGGAAAAAUAUAGCUCCCCCACCCUUCUUUGUCAACUAAAAUCUUUUUAGAGAUACAUCGCUAAGAAGGAAUUAAGGGUAUUGAUUAAUAGCAAGGAAACACAUGCACAUGUUCGGAUUUCACCAUGCCCCCUCUCAGCCCUGCAUCACACCAGAGCACUCUGCCACCAGUCCUAAAUUUUCAAAUCAAAUGUGCACCCGAAGGAAGAAGAAGAAGAAGGAGGGGGGGUGGAGAAGGCCAGGCUUUCCCUUGCUAUAAGUGAUUUUUUUAAAUAGCAAGCCACCAGCAUGAUGAAGCUACCUCGCAAUAUUUACAGAUCAGCAGGUAUGUGUUACAUUUAAGAAGCAAUUUAUGGCUCGAGAUUGAAAUUAAAAUUAGAUUAGCUGUCUUCAUUUCAAUUAGGGCGAGGUGCAAGGCACCAGGAGCAGAGAUAAUAUCAUCUUCUCUUUAAUCUAACUAAAUAUUUGCCAUGGAAAUGUCUUCGCCAGCUGUAAAUAUCUGGACCCAUAAAUUUCUGCAAACGUAAACACGAGGUGUUGCCCUCACCCAAGAGUUUCCAAUCAACUAAAAAUUACAAAUAGAAGCAGCUGCUAUUUUGGGGCUGUAGUUAUUGUGGAAGAUGUACACCCUGGCAGGACCAAAUGGUCAGGGGACUAUUGGAGACAGAAAUAUCCAACAGCCCUAAAAGAAAGCCUCAACUUUGGGGUUAAACGUGAGUUGUUCGGAAGAUUUGCUGUCUUUUAUUCCAGUUUUUCUCCCCAACACCUUGAAUUCUCUACAGGACACACUAUCCAUUCAGCAGUCGCCAUGUUUUGUUCCCUCUUUCUGUCAUAUUUUCUCCCAAAGAACACAACCAUUUGAUUCCCUCAUAUUGACCAGUGCGACGUGAAAAGAAGAAGAGAGGAGGAAAAAAAAACGAAGAGAAUUUAUAGCUUAAUAUUCUGUGGACAUCUGUGAUUUAUUACUUUGAAUGCUGGGCUAUUUUGUUACCAGAUAUUAAGAAAACAUUAAAAAAAAAAAGACUGUGGUGCUAAAGCACAGUGUCCAUUUAAAAAAAAAAACGGAGGGAAAGAGAGGAGGAAAAAAGUUAGAUCUGGCUGUGAAAUUUCAAAUUGAAUUUAGGCUUUUUUUUUUUUUUUUUGCCUAACAGCCCUCCCCCUCCCCUGCAGCCCCUCACCCUUGCUCCCCCCUCCCCAAACCACCUUAUAUUUAGAAUUUCAAGACUUACUUUCAAUGCAUACUUAGUUUCAACUGGGGAAUCAACAGAAGCAAAAGCAAUUUUUCCCUUUCUUGACAUCUAGCUUCCUAUUGGCUCCAAUUGGGUCAGCUGACUUUGUCAUUUUGUCUGUCCUGGAGUAGAGCCUUCCCUAUAACAAUCUAGUUCAGGCUACAAACUGGAGACAGAAAUAAAUAUUAAAGAAAUCAUACAGCCAGGUGUAGAGGAAGAUAUGAAUUCCUAUUUCACAAACCCAUCGUUGUCUUGCCAUCUCACCAGUGGGCAAGAGGUCCUGCCCAAUGUAGCUCUCAAUUCGACUGCAUAUGAUCCCGUCAGGCAUUUUUCUACUUAUGGAGCAGCCGUAGCUCAAAACCGGAUUUAUUCUUCUCCUUUUUAUUCACCGCAAGAUAAUGUUGUGUUUAGCUCAAGCCGAGGACCCUAUGACUAUGGAUCUAAUGCCUUUUACCAAGAAAAAGACAUGCUUUCUAGCUGCAGACAGAAUUCAAUGGGACACAAUACACAGACUUCAAUUGCACAGGAUUUUACCAGUGACCAAAACAGAAACACUUCGCAAGAACAAAAAACUAGCAUUCAAAUAUAUCCAUGGAUGCAGCGCAUGAACUCCCACAGUGGGGUCGGCUAUGGAGCGGACCGCAGGAGAGGUCGCCAAAUCUACUCCCGUUACCAGACCCUGGAACUGGAAAAGGAAUUCCACUUCAAUCGCUACUUGACAAGACGGAGGCGGAUCGAGAUCGCCAAUGCACUUUGCCUAACGGAGCGUCAGAUCAAAAUCUGGUUCCAGAACAGGAGGAUGAAAUGGAAAAAAGAAAGUAACUUGAGUUCCACGCUGUCUGCGGGAGGCGGGGGCUCGGGGGCGGCUGCAGAGAGCCUGGGUGCCAAGGAGGAGAAGCGAGAAGAGACAGAGGAGGAAAAGCAAAAGGAGUGAAAAUUGACGGCUCUACACCCCCCCCCCGCCACCUUUUCUCCCCCCCCAAACACACCCCUCCUUUUCCUCCAGCCCUGCCCCCCACACACGCUAUAUUUAUCACUGGCACAAUUUAUAUGUUUGGCUCCAUUAAAAAAAAAAAAAAGAAGCCAAAUGUGGACAUUAAAAUACACCCUCCCCCACCCCCCCUCUCAGUAUAUACAGUUCAUAACUUGCUCCACAGUCCCUUUUAUGUUCCCCUCAAUCCCCCCCUCCUCCUCCUCACACACACACACACACUUGCCUAUUUAUCUAACUUUGAAUAAGGACUGUGUUUAAAGCAACACCCUGGUUAAAAAAAAAAAAGAAAGAAACGUCUUCCCCUGUUGUGUUGGGUGGCUCUUGUAAAGAUGGACUCUAUGCAGUCGGUUGAGCAUUAUCCUCCAAAAAUUAAACCCAGCCCAGCCAGCCCUCCUCCAUGGGUUUCCUCCCCUGGAAAAGAAAACCCCCUCUUUCCACGUAAAUAUAGCAUUUGCAAGAGUAACCUACUUGUAUUUAAACAAUACCCCGGGGUCAUCACUGCAUACUACAAACUGUGACAGUUUCUGUGUGAAUAUUUUUAGCUGUAUUUGUGGUCUCUGUAUUUAUAUUUAUGUUUAGCACUGUAAUGUUCAGCAGUAUAACGUGAAUGGCGUUCUCUAGCAGUAGAAGAAAAAAAAAAGCCUUGUGUUACACUCUCUCAUGUAUAAAAGUCAUGUCAGAGGACUAUUGUUGAGUAUUUAAUAAAACUGAAUAUUAUUUUUAAAGUUUA